CAGCUGUGCGGACCAAUGGGCAGGCAGUGGGCAGCCUAUAUGAGCCGGCCCCAGCGCACCUUUAAGCGGCUUUCUGUCCUGUCCACCCCGUCCUUAGUGUGGGUACGUCGGGGCCGGAGCCCGCAGAGCCGCCGCCCCCCUUCCAGCUCCCGCCUGCUUCCCUCCCCCCCUGCUCUCCUCUCCAUUCCCGGUUCUUGCCGUCAGGGCUCCGGGGUCUGGCCAGAGAUGCCGUCGGAGAGCGGGGCUGCGAGCCCGGACGCAGCAGCGGUGGCGGCGGCUGCAGCGGCGCCCCCGGCCCUGGUCCCUCCGGCUGAAGCCCCUACCCAGAAGCGAAGCGGUCCCAGCCCGGAGCAUUCCUCCGCAGCCCCGCGACGGCGCUUCAGCCGGUUGAGCUGGGCUCAGGUGCAGAGACUGGACGCUUUACUGGCGGAAGAGGUCCCCAUCCACGGACGCGGCAACUUUCCCACGCUGACCGUACAGCCGCGCCAAAUCGUGCAGGUGGUCCAGAGCCGCUUGGAGCAGCUCGGGGUCCCCGUCCACAGCGUCCGCCUGAACGGUUCUGCCGCCAGCCACGUGCUUCACCAAGACAACGGCCUGGGCUACAAGGACGUCGACCUCAUCUUCCGCGUGGACCUGCAGGACGAGGCGGCCUUCCAGCUGGUGCGAGAGGCCGUCCUGGCCUGCCUCCUGGACCUCCUUCCGGCCGGCGUGAGCCGGGCCAAGAUCACGCCCCAGACUCUGACGGAGGCCUACGUGCAGAAGCUGGUCAAAGUGUGCACGGACACGGACCGCUGGAGCCUCAUCUCCCUCUCCAACAACAGCGGCAAGAACGUGGAGCUCAAGUUCGUGGACCGCCUGCGGCGCCAGUUCGAGUUCAGCGUGGACUCCUUCCAGAUCCUCCUGGACUCCCUGCUCCUGUACGGCCAGUGCUCCUCCACGCCCAUGUCUCAGGCCUUCCACCCCACGGUGACGGGCGAGAGCCUGUACGGGGACUUCGACGAGGCCCUGGAGCACCUGCGCCGCCGGCUCAUCGCCACCCGCAGCCCCGAGGAGAUCCGAGGGGGCGGCCUCCUCAAGUACUGCCACCUCCUGGUGCGCGGCUUCCGGCCGUGCCCCGGCACCGACGCCCAGGCCCUCCAGCGCUACAUGUGCUCGCGCUUCUUCAUCGACUUCCCAGACCUGGGGGAGCAGAGGCGCAAGCUGGAGCGCUACCUGCAGGCUCACUUCGGCGGGGGCGCCGGCCCAGCCUGCUACGCCUGCCUGGUGACCCUGCACCGGGUGGUGAACGAGAGCACUGUCUGCCUCAUGGGCCACGAGCGGCGCCAGACGCUGGACCUCAUCGCCAUGAUGGCCUUGCGGGCGUUGGCCGAGCAGGGCCUGGUGGGCGGCACUGCCUUGGCCUGGCACUACCCGCCUGCUUCCUUCCCGGGCAGCGAUGGGGUCACUGCCACCCUCAACUACUACGUGACCCCCAUCCAGCCGCUGCUGGCCUGUGGCCACACCUCCUACCCCACUUGGCUGCCCUGUAACUGAGCUGAGGGGGGGGACAUGGGGUUCCCCCUCCUCGCCCCUGGGAUCUGAGCCGGCUAGGGGACACAUCGGGCUCUAGCACUGUUAGACUGUUACCUAUUUGCUGUUGGGUUGAGAAGGGGGGGACAUGGGGGUGGUUUGGGGUGUUUACGGGGUCGGUACUUGAUCAAGCCAGCCCAGAGCAGGGAACGGGGGCCACAGCCUUGGGAAGGUGGGGGUGCAGCGUGGGGCCAAUCUAGUCCUCAGUUCUUAUGACAUUCUGGUCAGAGCUCCCCCAAACAGGACCCCAUUCUUCCAGCUGCCCCCCAGAGGAAUGAACUGCCGGCUCCCCUGCGUCUGCUCAGAGCUGGAGGGGGAACAACUAGAGUCUAUUCAGAGCCAAGCCCAAAGAACAAGGGGGUCACCGCAGCAGAGAUGGGGCUCAAGAGUGUGUGGCCAUCGGGGGUGGGGGUUGAAUAAUGGCGGGCAGAGGAACUUCUGUAUGACCUCCUGUGGCUGAAUGGCCUUCAGGACGUGUCAGGCGGGCCAAGACUGGCCCCCGAAAGGAAGGAACUUUAAGACAUUUUGGGCCAUGGGGAGCCAGCUCACUGGACAUGCGCAAUGGAGACAUUUGCCGUCUUGGCCUUCCAGACCUUGUUUAGGCGCGGGGGCCGGAUGCCAGCCCAGCUUUGAGCCUUGAAGACUAAUGCCAAGUAUUACCUCACGGUCCCUGGAUGAGGAGCCUGGGUUUCUUCCUCCCCUAGUGCUCCCCUCAAGGAAGGCAUACCCUAGGGGAAACUGGAUGGCAAGAGAAGGGCUAGUCAGGGGCUAGGAGACGGCAGCCUCCGCCUCAGUGUGUGUCGUGCCCCGGCCUCCCUUCUCAGGCAGGGCUUGGGGCCUCCUGGCCUCCUGGGCCCUGAGCCUGAACUUUUUUGGGUUCUUUUUACUUUGAAGAUGAUUUCUCUGUGGCCGGGGGUGGACAAGGAGCCUGCCUUGGCCCACCCAAGCUACUCCCCGAGCCUCAGUGUACUCCAGUGUUUCUUUCCUCCCCAGUCCAGUUAGGGCUUAGAUAAUAAAGAUUUCCCUCUGGGAAGCCAAGCUUUGCCCCUCCUAUGUGUGACUGGUUUGUUUGCCUGGUGGGGUAGCGGGAUGGCGCUUUCCCAAGGGGCACUUGGAGACCUAUAAGGGGUCUUUCUCUUCCUCCCUCCCCAAGUUUUGAAUGGCUUUCUCCAAGGAGCCCUGCUCUGAAGUGUAGGGAGUGUGGAGAUCCCAUGUUGCUCCUUAGAGGACAAGCAUUCACCCCACCUGGAAAGGAGGGAUUGGGGCCAGGUAAGCAACCUGACUUAUGCUCCAGGGUGACUAGACUAAAGGCUAAUUACACCCCGGGGUGUGGAACAGGGAAGAUGCUGAUUACUCUAAGUAUACCCUUUCCUUCCCUCGGGAGCCCAGCGCUCCCGCCUCUGGGUGCUAGAUCUUUGGGAGGGGGAGGGUCUGAAGUCCAAGCUUGGUGAGAGGGCUCCGGGGCAAUGUGCAUAGCCCAAUCCUGCAUGGGACUGACCGAAUUGGGGGGGACACCCAGAGGGUUUGGGGCGAAGGAGGAAGAGCCAGCAGGACAACGGAACCCAAGAACCUCUCGUUAAGUGAAAUAAAGUUUCUAUUUUCUUUA